CCCCACACCAAGAAAGAAUCACACAACAGCAGCUCAAAAACCUAACACACCUCAACAAGCAGAGCAAAGACCCGGGAUUCGCCGGCGCGGUAGCGAGAGCGAGAGAUGGACGGGAGGAUGUUCGGUCUCGAGACCCCCCUGAUGGUGGCGCUGCAGCACCUUCUGGACGUGCCCGACGGCGACGCCGGCGCGGGCGGCGACAAGGCGAGUGGUGCCGCGGCGGGCGGCGGGCCCACGCGCACCUACGUCCGCGACGCGCGCGCCAUGGCGGCCACCCCGGCCGACGUCAAGGAGCUCCCGGGCGCGUACGCGUUCGUGGUGGACAUGCCGGGGCUGGGCACGGGCGACAUCAAGGUGCAGGUGGAGGACGAGCGGGUGCUGGUGAUCAGCGGCGAGCGGCGCCGGGAGGAGCGCGAGGACGCCAAGUACCUGCGCAUGGAGCGGCGGAUGGGCAAGUUCAUGCGCAAGUUCGUGCUGCCGGACAACGCCGACAUGGACAAGAUCUCGGCGGUGUGCAGGGACGGCGUGCUCACCGUGACCGUCGAGAAGCUGCCCCCGCCCGAGCCCAAGAAACCCAAGACCAUCGAGGUCAAGGUCGCCUGAGGUGGGACUAGGUCGACCGAUCGUGGCUCUGAAGAUGUGGGAGCAGUGCCAGCGAGUUGUGAGGACCUCUACCUGUGUGGAAUGUGGCGAGGAAUAAUCGUAGUCUGUAGUGGGGGUGCUUCUGGUGUGCGUGUUUGCGUUCCUUCGGUCUCGGUGUCUGUCUACCAAUUCCUAUCUGAUGUAUCGGCUUCGGUUUCGUAUGAACCAUGCCGGAUGCUUUCAGUAUGUUCAUCUACCUGUGUCUUUUGUCUAAAUAAUCCGUAGUCUUCAUUGACAGAAAGACUACACACGUUAUCCUGACAAGACACGAAAUCCCAAUAAAGUUUAAAUUCAGGC